AAAUUUACGAGAAGUUGACCCUGGGUUGCUCGUCCCCGUCGCCAUGUCAUGGCUCCAUCUCCACAACGCGGCAUUUAAAGGUUUUCAGUGCUUUCUCAGCACCUGCCAAAUCUUUCAGGGCACCAAAAUCUACGGUUUUGGCGCAACCAAAUUCCUCAGAGUUCUAGGGUUUCCACGUGUGCAGCCAUUGAAUAAUUAUAGGGUUUCAUUUCCUCCUCGUUCAAAGGAUCAGCCAUGAAAAGCUGCCGUGGAGGUUCCUGGGUUUUUCAUGAAGAGGGUCCUAGGUAUUUUGCGUUUUUGAAGGCAGAGACUCGAAGCAAGUCAAAUGGUUUCAUGUUUUAAGGGUUUCUGAGCAGUCGUCUGGAUUAUAGUUUUCGGGUGUAAAUGAUCAAUUGGAUAAGGAGAGAUGCAUUGGUGGAGCUCCAAGCCCUCUUCUUCUUCAUCUUCUAUUGACUCAUCUUCAAACGCUGCUCCCUCUUCUUCUUCUGGUUCGAAGAGUAAGAGAAUUUUCAGAGAUAUAAGCAUCUUUAAAAGCAGAAGGGAUUGUAAGGGGCCAAGGCUCACGCGCCAGAGAAAGCUCAGACACUUAUCAGACCGGGAAUUGGGGCCGCGGGCUUUCAGACCACCAUCGAGCUCGAAACCUGUGUCUCAAAUACAGAGCAGCCAUGAUCAUGUGGCCACUUGCCGUCUUCCUCUUCCUGCCGAGGCUGAGAAUAAUGAGAUUAAGGUUUCUGAGAAUUGUGGGGUUGGGGUUUCAGUUGAUUGGGCAGAAUUUUCUUCUGGUGAAGGGGUGGAUAAUGAAGUUUGGUUGGUUCCCAAUGGGGAGACGCCCUCUUCACCAAAGUACGGCAAAUUGGCUUUUCCAACUGCACCAAAGAGUACAUUACAUGUUGAGCCACCACCGGUUGGGUUUACUUUGGGGCGAGGAAGACACAUUCUUCAAGCUCCCUCUCCUAUUCACACAGUGAAGCAACAAUUUGCAUCAAAUGUGGUCGCCAACAGUGCUCCAGCUAGCACUUUCUCAAGCCCGGUGCUUAGUCCUCGGAGGUUGAGUAGUGGAGAUUUCCACUCUUCUCUGCAUGUGGGUUCUCCAGGACAUCAGGCGUGGUUGUCUCCAGAUGUUCAAUUUACAAGGAAAAAUAUGGUUUCGAGCCAUUUUCUUCAGUUUUCGCCCGAGAAAGUUUCUGUUAGUCCUGACCCAUCUCCUCUUCAUAGUCCCAGGGUUAUAAAUUCAGGGUUGAAGUCCAAGGUUCAUAGUGGAGCUUCUUCUCCUAUGCACCCAAAGAUAUCAGGGGAGAACUCUGGAUCAAGGCAUGAUAGUGGCUGUAUAGUUCCUCAUCCACUGCCCCUUCCUCCUGGAGCGGUGCCAUCUAUGUCUCCUUUUGUCCAUCAAACAGCACCAGAAACACCAUCUCUGUUGAGUCAAUGGCAAAAAGGAAAGCUAAUUGGAAGUGGUACAUUUGGUAACGUUUAUGAUGGAUUUAACAUCAGCCAAACUGGAGCCAUGUGUGCUAUGAAAGAAGUCUGUAUAAUCCCUGAUGAUUCUAAAUCUGCCGAGAGCAUUAAACAGUUGGAGCAGGAGAUCAAGCUCCUGAGCCAACUGAAGCACCCAAAUAUUGUACAAUACUAUGGAAGUGAAAUAGUUGGAGAUAAAUUCUACAUUUAUUUAGAGUAUGUUGCUGGUGGCUCAAUCACCAAAAUAAUUCGUGAGCGUGGAGCUCUCUCAGAACCUGUAGUUCGCAGAUAUACCCAUCAUAUUCUUUCUGGUUUAAAAUAUCUGCACAGCACAAGUACCGUUCACAGGGAUAUUAAAGGGCCAAAUUUACUUGUCGACACUUCUGGUGUUGUUAAGCUUGCUGACUUUGGGGUGGCGAAACAUUUAGAUGGACAAUCUGCACUGCAGUCAGUGAGAGGAACUCCAUAUUGGAUGGCCCCAGAGGUCAUUAUGCCCAAAGGCCAGGGAUAUGAUUUUGCUGUUGACAUCUGGAGUUUAGGUUGUACAAUAAUUGAAAUGUUUACUGGAAAACCGCCAUGGAGUCAAUAUGACGGGGUUCAAGCUAUGUUUAAGGUCUGCAACAAAUCCCCACUAAUUCCGGACUCAUUGUCUGAGGAUGGUAAGAGUUUCUUAAACCUCUGCUUUACAAGGAAUCCCGCAGAGAGGCCUCCAGCAAAGGAUUUGCUUGAACACCGCUUUGUAGCAAGUUCUCUCCAACAUGAUAUAUCCAAUUCUAUUCAGGCUUUUUCCAACAUGAGAUUGCAGGAUGCAACCCAAAGUCCAAGAGAGAGAACCAGCUAUUUAAAUGACCUGGCAAACAAAGUUUCAGGCACAGAGAUCACAAAAGGGAGACCACCAAGUGAGCAUGCCCAUUCUCACAUGGAGAUCUCCAAACAACCAAUGGCCUCCCGUCACUCUCCACGAUCCACACUAGAGGCCAUAUCCAGCCUAUCUCCUCCUCACACGAGCAACCAUAGCACAUUUAGCUCCCCUUCACCCCCUCCUACCAUACCCAGGUCUCCUCGUCUAGCGUCUUCAAAUGACUAUCUGUUUUCAUUGCCAAAGUCACCUUGUGGAAAAGAUCUCCUUCACUUCCUCUGAUAAUUCGAUACUCCCGCCGCUUCAUAGGAGUCCAAGAAGAGAGGGAUAUGCCCCUGCUAAUUAUUUGAGUUGGAAAUCGAGUAAUUUAUUGGCAAUGUCGCCAAAAUGGCUCCAAAGCAUUCGCUAGCUACUGUUCCUUCGCAAGAAAAAUAUCUGAUUUAUUGUGCAUAAUCCACAAUAACAGGCACAUGGACGGUUUUCUUGGGUGCCUUGUGGUACUAAAUUUCUCAGAGUGCAGGGUUCUUCAUAAAUAUGCCUCUAUAAAUGUAACUUUAGUUGUAUGAUCAGGAGUAGAAAAAUUGUUUGUAUGUAGCAUAUAAGGUGUGAAUAUGAGUCUGACAGUGGGAGAAUGGGACGCAGUGUGUUCACUUUGUACAAAUAGAAGACUUUGGAGCCAUUGUGUUGUUAAGCAAAUAGAAGGCUUUGGAGCCUGUGAUGUAAGCUUUGUAAGCAAAUAGAAGGCUUUGGAGCCACUGUGUUGUAAGCUUUGUACCAAUUCAAAUUUCUAAAGCCACUAGGUAGAAUACUUCAUCGUUUAUGCAAUGUUUUCUUGAGUUUAGCAUGCAGUACGCUUGCAACCAAUACAGAACUUUGCUGUUUACAUGGU